AUGGCUGGCUCCAAGAAAUUUACUGUAAUAGCAGUAUGGACCACACAUGAACUGUAUCUGGGGAAUGCCAGUGGUACUUCCUUUUCUAAAAUUGCAAAUUCUACAAAAUUUUUGAACAUUUUAAAAUUGCCUAUACAGUCUACUGUCAAUAUUCUUACUGUUUCUUCGGGUUCACGUCCACCUGAAAUUGGAGUAUUACUUAAGGUGUGUAAUACAUGUGACUUUACUGAUAAAAGACUGUGGCUGUUGAUAUUCGAUGAAGAGACAGAUAAAUGGAGUGUGAACUCUUUGUUUGCCAGAACUCAUUCAAACCUUUUACCCAAAGGACCUUUCACCAUGGAAUUUUUUCAGUCGGCACUGCCAUCUCUCUUACUGGGAAACAAUGAAACUAUUUUUUAUAGCCUUGGAAACAACACACAACGUGGCAAGUUGCUUUUACCAGGCACUAACAACUUUGUCAAUGCAUCGGGAGGAAGCAUUAUACAUCAGAUUACUACUGAUAUUUCCGGGAAUGUUCUGAUAAAAAUGGCAAACAAUAAGUUAUUCUUUUCUAAGAUUGGAACAGAAGAUACAAUAAUACUCCCUGACUGGGAAAAUGCAGAUACUGACAUGAUCUUUUACUCAGUCCCUACUGGAAACACAUAUGUUUUGAAACUGAAAGGAACAUGGGUGCAGAGACAAGUCUAUCCUCUAGAAAUGGAAAUAUUCAGUGCAACAGCCAAUCUUACAAAUGGUUGUUUGUAUACUAAAUUCUAUCACAACAUGAGUGUUCCAGUGUACUAUCUGGAUAUGGGUGAGCAAUUAUUUGCCUGGGCUCAGAUUAUUUAUAAGGAGGACUUUGGAAUAAGUAUGCGGCUGGCUAAAAAUAGAGAUUUACUUCACGUGGAUCAAAAUAUGGAGCUUGAAAUAACUAAUGGAAUGUGCAUUAGGAAUUUGCUGACCAUCAGUUUGACUGCUCCCAUGGCUCCCCUGAUGUUACUUAAUGGAGGGAAGGGACUAAGAAAUAUAGAGACAGAGACAAAGCUUUCCAUUCCUUUAGAAACAUUUAGAUUUUUGGCGUGA